GAAUCGAGGCGAGGGUGCCUGUCUAGUCCUCGGACGCUGCGUCCUGGCCCUCCUGCCCCGGAGCGGGACUCCGAGGGAGCCCGCCCGAGCCUCCAGCCAUGGCUUCCCUGCUCGCCAAGGACGCCUACCUGCAGAGCCUGGCCAGGAAAAUCUGCUCCGGGCCCGGCCCGGAGCCGCAGAAGCGCAAGUCGGUGGGCAAAGCUCAAGGCUCCGAAGCUGCUGGACCCCCAAAAAAGAAGAGGAAGAGGGCGCAGAAGAAAUCCCGGGGGCGGGAGGAGAAGGCUGCGGAGCCCAAGGCCCAGGCCCCGAGGGAGAAAUCUCGGGCAGCUUCCCAGGCCGCAAAGCCAGCAGCGGCCAAGGAGGGGAAGGCCUCCUGCCCCCCGGGGGCCCCUGCAGGGGGCCUGGCCACAGAGCCAGAGCCCUUCUUUGCCCUGGAUGUUCUGCGGCAGCGGCUGCAUGAGAAGAUCCGGGAGGCCCGCGGCCAGGGCAGCGCCGAGGAGCUGUCCCCCGCCGCCUUGGAGAAAAGACGGCGGCGGAAGCAGGAGCGUGACCGGAAGAAGAGGAAGCGGAAGGAGCUGAGAGCCAAGGAGAAGGCGGCCAAGGCGGCGGAGGCCACAGAGGCCGAGGCGCCGCCCCCCGAGGCUCCGGGCAAGGAGGCGCCGGGACAGCCGGGGCUGCUGUUCAACAAGGUGGAGGUGAGCGAGGAGCCACCGGCCAGCCGGGCGGAGCGCCGGCGGGAGAAGCGGCAGAGGCUCAAGGGGAACCUGCCGCCGCUGACCGGGAAGAACUACCGGCAGCUGCUGGAGCGGCUGCAGGCGUGGCAGGGCCGGCUGGAGGCGCUGCGUGAGCAGGACGCGGCCAAGGCGCGGGAGCUGCAGAGCAAGAUGCAGUGGACGGCAGCGCUGUACCGGGCCGAGGGCGUGCGCAUCCGCGACGACGAGCACCUGCUGCAGGCCGCCCUGCGGCGCAAGGAGAAGCGGCGGGAGCAGCGGCAGCGCCGCUGGGAGAAGCGCACGGCCCACGUGGUGGAGAAGAUGCAGCGGCGGCAGGACCAGCGGCGCCAGAACCUGCGCAAGAAGAAGGCGGCCAAAGCCGAACGGCGCCUGGAGAAGGCCCGCAGGAAGGGGCGCGUGCUGCCGCAGGACCUGCAGCGCGCGGGCCUGGACUGAGCGGCCGCUGGCGCCCG